AUGGUGAUCGCUGGUGCACCUGAGCAAUCGCCAAAGCUCGCUGGCGUUGAGUUUGAGGCGUGCGUGAAACCGGUGCAUUCCCCCGACGCGCAGGCAAGUUCCGGCCCUGUGUCUGCUGCACCCCCUGCGCCGGAGCCUGUAACAACUGCUCAGGUGGUUCCGGCAGAGGCGCUUCUUCCUGUGCCCCGCCUGGAGCGUCUUCCGUCUGCGACGGUCGCCCCGACUGCCGCGACAUCUCCCCCAGCUCCUGUUCCACCUGUCGUUGCUCCUGAACCUCUUGCUGCUGCUACCCCUGUACUCCCUGCUGCCGCUGUUCCCUCCACGCCGUCCCCGGCCAACGGAUCGGUGCUCCCUCUGGCGUCCGCCACCACUGCCGACCAAGUUCCGGCAAAAGCGGGGGGCGCUGCCGAGAACCCCGCCCAGUUGGUGUCACCUGAGAGACAGCAGGUUCUCCGCCCGGUGUCACCCUCGGGGCGAGGACUUUGCGAGGAGUCUGUGCGGCGCUCGUCUGGGCAGCGUUCUCCUGAUAGGCGAUCUGCCCGUCCGUCGCCUGAUCAUCGCCAUUCUCGUCAACCCUCUCCGUCACGGCGCCAGGAGUGCGAGUCGUCGCGCUACCGGCACGAUUGUUCUCAGCGCCAUCCUUGCCGGCGUAGUGGAAUGCUCAACGCGGGGGUCGCGGUGGCUGGAGGGGAGGUCGCAGUCGCGGGCGGGGUGGUGCAUCCGAGCCAGAGCGGUUCUCCGUCGGCCGUGCCUCCCCAUGUUGCUCCUCCGUCCACUGCUCCUCAAGCUCCCGCGACUGCUACUGGAAGGGCGGCGGCAAUUGCAAGUCUUCGUUUGCCCUGGGUGCCGCCAGUGGCGGGCAUGGAAUUCGUGGGCGCGGGAGAAGGAGCGGUGAUGGCGCAAUAUCCUCCGCUCCUGGCGGCUGAUGAUGCCCCCCCUGCUGCUGAUGAUCCUCUCCCUUUUCUGGUGGGGGGGACCCUUCCCCGCCAGGUAUUGGCGCACGCCUCCCUUCCGCUUCUUCCUGCAAGCACUCUUCUGGACGGUUCGUGGGACGACUCCUUGGAUGAGGCCAACCAGCCUGCCCUCCUCCUGGCGCCCGUGUUGGCUGCGCCCGCGCGGGGAGGCGUUGCGGCUGUGGGUCAGCUUGACGCUUCUGUUCGCGGCCUGCGGCGUUAUCUGCGUGCAGGGACUGGUGCCGACGUGAUCGCCGCAAGCACGUUGGUGGUCCGCGAGGUGUGGAGGACCCUAACAGGCAUCCUUGGUGUCCUUGAGGCUGACCGAAUGUAG